UCAAUGUUCAAUUUUAAUACAACAAAGAUAUCAUAAAAAAUACAAUGUCCACUUCAAAAUUUAUUCCACUUUUUUUAGUUAUAUCAUCUUUGAUUGUAGCAAUUUCGAAGGGUCAGAGCACAGUACCAGUUGUGCCAGGACUUUCAUACACAUUUUAUUCAUCAAGUUGCCCUGGUUUGGAUUUCAUUAUUAGAGAUCAUCUCUGGCAGGUCUUUCAGAGGGAUAUAACCCAAGCAGCUGGUUUACUCCGCCUUCACUUUCAUGAUUGCUUUGUUCAGGGUUGUGAUGGAUCAGUAUUGCUGGAUGGAUCCGCAAGUGGCCCAAGUGAGAAGGAUGCGCCUCCAAACUUGACGCUAAGGGCGGAAGCAUUCAAGAUUAUAAAUGAUCUUCGUGCUCUUGUGCAUCGCCAAUGUGGAAGAGUCGUCUCUUGUGCUGAUAUAACUAGCCUAGCAGCUCGUGAAUCUGUUUAUCUGGCAGGUGGACCAUUUUACUGGAUUCCCUUAGGAAGAAGGGAUGGUUUAAACUUUGCUACUAGAAACGCAACCCUAGCCAAUUUACCACCUUCCUUUUUCAACACAACACAACUCCUCAACUCCUUUGCCACCAAAAACUUGAACGUCGUUGAUCUCGUGGCCCUUUCCGGUGGCCACACUAUUGGUAUCAGCCACUGCACUUCCUUCACCGCUCGACUCUACCCAACUCAAGACCCUACCAUGGACCAAACCUUCGCUAACAACCUUAAGCUUACAUGUCCAACUGCAACCACUAAUAACACAACCAAUUUGGACAUUCGUACUCCUAAUAUUUUUGACAACAAAUAUUACGUUGACCUUAUGAAUCGUCAAGGCUUAUUUACUUCGGAUCAAGACUUGUUUACUGAUUCAAGGACCAAGAAUAUUGUAACAAGCUUUGCUAUUAACCAAACCUUGUUCUUCGAAAAGUUUAUCGAUGGGAUGGUGAAAAUGAGCCAACUUAGUGUAUUGACUGGAUCACAAGGGGAAAUUCGUGCAAAUUGCUCUGUGAGGAAUGCGAAUGGUGUGGACUUAUUGUCGUCUGUGGUGGAAGUUGAUCAAGAGCAAGGAAGAUUAUCACAAUAUUAAGGAACAUGUAUUGUACGUAUAUUUUAUGUUUAAAUCAAGAUUUAAUAAUUGGUAUAUGUGGAUCACCCCAUUUCUAUGGGAUUAAGACUCUAAUGUUGUUGUUGUUGUUGUCGUUGUAUGUGUGGCUGUCAAUUUAUCUUUAGGGAUAUUAAUGAUGUACGAUUUUAGUAUGUUAUGCUAUGAAAUUAAUAAUACUUUAUCCGUUCUUGUUUAGUUGUAA